ACACACCAACCAUCAAACUCUGGUCAAUAUAGUAAAUAACAAAUUCGAAAUUAUUAAAAAUUUAUUAUUAAUAAUAAAAUUUUUAAUACAAUUUGAAUAUUAUUUUAUAACGAGCUAAUACAAAAUGACGGAUUUAGAAGCAGAGAGUUUGUACCACGAAAAGUUUCCAGAUGUGGGUAGAAUUAUAAAAAGUCAUUCAAAGAGUUGUUGCUCAACAAACACAAUUAAGAAAUUCUUGCCCAUUGUGACAUGGUUGCCCAAAUAUAAUCCCAAAUUUCUUGUAUCGGAUUUUGUGGCUGGCUUAACUGUGGGCCUCACAGCCAUACCGCAGGCCAUAGCGUAUGCCAUUGUAGCCGGUUUACCAACACAAUAUGGUUUAUAUUCAGCAUUUAUGGGAUGUUUUGUUUAUAUUAUAUUUGGUACUUGCAAAGACAUAACUGUGGGUCCCACUGCCAUUAUGUCUUUGAUGAUACAAACUCAUAUAGCGGGUAAUCCAGAUUAUGCGGUAUUAUGUUGUUUUCUAUCGGGCUGCAUUAUCUUUCUAUUGGGUGUUUUGAAUUUGGGAGUGUUGGUGAGAUUUAUAUCAGUACCGGUGACAACUGGAUUUACUUUGGCUGCAGCUGUCACCAUAGCAAGUGGUCAAAUUAAUAAUUUAUUUGGCAUAAAAAGUCCCUCAAAUGAGUUUUUGGAUUCGUGGAUAAAUUUCUUUGGCCAUAUAACUGAGACCAAAAGAAAUGAUGCUAUUUUGGGUGUGUGUACUUUAGUGGUGUUGCUAUUAAUGAGAAAAGUUAAAGAUCUACCCUGUAGUUAUAAAACUCUAACGAAAUAUAUUUCCUUGUCCCGUAAUGCUAUUGCAGUUGUAGUGGGUAUAUUAAUUUGCUAUUUAUUGAGUCACGAUGAUUGGUUGCCAUUCAGAGUUAGUGGCAAAAUUACUCCGGGUAUACCACCGUUUAGGCCACCACCCUUCUCAACUCCAAACAACGGCACCACCGAUAGUUUUGGUGAAAUGGUAUCAAAUUUGGGUGCAUCAUUGGCCACCAUACCAUUGAUUUCUAUAUUAGAGACAGUAGCCAUAGCAAAGGCAUUUUCCAAAGGCAAAAUAGUUGAUGCUUCACAAGAAAUGGUAGCUGUAGGACUUUGUAAUGUUUUUGGUAGUUUUGUUUCCUCAAUGCCUAUUACCGGCUCAUUUACUCGUUCGGCCAUUAAUAAUUCUAGUGGUGUAAAGACCACUUUGGGUGGAGCCGUAACUGGUAUAUUGGUUUUAUUAACUUUGGCCUUUUUAACAUCAACAUUUUACUAUAUACCCAAGGCUACUCUAUCGGCCAUAAUUAUAUCAGCCAUGAUAUUUAUGGUGGAAUAUGAUCGUAUUGGAGAAAUUUGGAAAUCGAAAAAAAUGGAUUUGUUUCCUUUCCUGGUCACAGUAAUAGCUUGUCUAUUUUUGGGUUUAGAAUUUGGCAUGGUUGGUGGAAUUCUGGCUAAUAUGCUUUUUAUUUUAUACAGCAGUGCCCGACCAAAAAUUUUCAUACACAAAGAAAAACUACAAUCCAUACAAGUGGGCAUAGUAAAUGUAAAGGAAAAUCUUUGUUAUUCAUCUGCGGAAUAUUUGAAAUCGAAAAUUGUUAAAUUUGUGAACACCAACGAAGACAUCAGAUUGGUGGUGCUCAAUGGUGAAGAAAUAACAAAUAUUGAUUCUACCGUGGCAUUGAACAUUUUGUCAUUAAAAGAGGAUUUACUUGUCUACUCUUGUGAGCUGAUAUGCUGGAAUUGGAAUAUGGAUGCAGCCGGUGUCAUUUGCAGAUUACAUCCCAAGGAAAAAACAAUGUUUAAGUUUAGCAAGUCUAUCGCAGAAAUUGUAGAGGAAGCUAAACCCAGACUUAGUUGCCAAAACAAUUCAAACGAUAAUCACGAUGUUUAAAGCAACUAUAAAAGUACAAAAAACAGUUCCUUAUAAAUAAUAAGAUGUGCGACAUUUAAUAAAUGUGUUUUAUAUAAUUUUCUAUGCCUUUAAAUAUGGGCAAAUAAUUUUAAUUUAAG